UGCAUUCUGAACAAGUGAAGUGUCCCUCAAAACCAGCAUAGUUAGUUUUGUACUUUUGGUCCAAGCGGUUGCUUUUGGUCUUUCUUGCACUUCACAUUUUUUUUUUGUAAUGGUUUUGGGUGUGAGAGUGAGAGAGCACACUUCAACUAUUGAGAACCGUUGACCUCCAUGGCUGUGACAGUAGGUGGACUCGCAAGUUCUCAACUUUGGUGUCACAAUUUGAGAAUCAGACACAGUGCUCUUACACUGAGUUGGGGAAAAAAAGCAGCUGACGAGAGCACAGAAAUGUGGUGGGGACGAGAAUCCAUGGAAGGCAGUGAAGAUAGUGAUGCGUGUGGUUGAUCAUCCUCAAAUGGAUGAUUAUGUCUCCCGUGGAGUGCAUAAGGAUUCGGUCUCCCUUCCAAAGCCAUUAUCCAUAUCUGAUAUUGUGGCUGCUUUGGAUGAUGGUGCUAAAGUACGGAUAUCAUAUAAGGGGAUACCAGGAUCAUACAGCGAGGAUGCUGCACUCAAAGCUUACCCUAAUUGUGAAACAGUUUCAUGCAAUGACUUUGAAGAAGCUUUUAAGGCAGUUGAGAUAUGGUGGGCUGACAAAGUUAUCCUUCCAAUAGAAAAUACAUCUGGGGGAAGCAUUCAACGGAACUAUGAUUUACUUCUUUGCCAUAGGCUUCACAUUGUUGGUGAGGUGCAGUUGGCUACUAACCUCUCCCUUCUAGCUCUGCCUGGCAUCAGAACUGAGUACCUAAAACGGGUUCCAAGUCAUUCUCAGGCAAAGCUUCAUGUUGCUGGCACUUUUUUAGACGUGGCAUUUGAAUUGAGUGAUGAUUUCCUGUCUAAAUUAGGUGUUGCCAGAGAAAACGUUGAUGACACAGCUGGUGCUGCUCAGAUUGAAAGCCGACCACAAAGAAAUCGGCCAUUAAGAGUUGUUGAUGACUCAAACACUCCAACUGCCAAUGUUCAGACAUGUUUAAUUCAAUCCCAAAAGGUAACUCAAGAGGUGAGGGUUGCCCCUCACUUAUAUAUUCUAAUUUGGCUUUAUUUUUAGCUGAUGUGGAACUUGGGUUUUUCCCAACACAAACAUUAAAAUAACCUGUUGUAUUUUUUGAUUUAGGUAUUUCGAUUACCUUUUCUAUAUUGAUUUUGAGGCGUCUAUGACUGAACCCCGAGCACAAACUGCCUUAGGACAUCUUCAGGUUUGACUUCUUAAUUUUUUUAUUUUAUGAUUUGAAUUAUGUAUUUUGAUUCUUCUCUUAUUUUAUCUCCUCCUAAACUUUUACAAUAACCCAUGGAAAAAUAGUAGAAAAUUUUGUUCAGUUGUUUUAGGAGUCCAGCAAGCCUGUGCAGAGUAGUCCUCUCAUAUUUUUAGAUUCUAGCAUGCUAACUUAAUAAAAAUUUGCCAACAAUUAAUAUCAAGGAGAGCAAGCUUUGGUUAGGACUUCUACUGUGCUCAAGAGUUUUCAUUCUUGAGUUUUAAGUCCUUGAUUUGGAUGCUUGAGUAUGUUAUCACAGCUCAAUUUAACCCCUCUGCAUCUCCUUAACCGCAUCAUUGUUGGUAUAGCAUAUGAUAAAAUGGGACAAAUUUGCAUACAAAAAUAGCAAUGACAAUUGGCAGAAGCACUUCCUGCAAGCCAUGAAUGGUGCUGUUCCAAAAGUUUCUGAGGUUUGUCUCCAAUGGUGCUGUUCUAUUAGGGUCCAAUCACUAUUUAACUCAAUAUUUUUCAUUACUACAACAAAUACUAAUCUAAAAUGCAUAUAACUCUAGGAAACUUUCUUCCUCAAAUUUUCUGUGCGGUGCAGUAACUUUUUCCUUUUUGGGCAGCUGUAAUAAUAUAAUUAAUUAACCCUUCAACUUUCAUGUCAUGAGUAUCUAACCACAUACCAAAAACCAUUUUAUGUCCCUACAGGAAUUUGCCACAUUUCUUCGGGUAUGGUCAAAAAUGUAAUUUACAUUACACAAUAGUUAGUUAGCCUUUUAUUCAUUUUGUUAGUCAGUUUUAUAGAUUGACACGUGUGCUAUACUACCUGUCUUAAUAAGAAUUUAAAUAGAGACUUGUAUUGUAAUUUUUCAUUCAAUCAAUAUUCAGAACUUUAUCCUCUCUUCGUGUCUUGAAUAGUUUGAAUUUAUGCUAACAAUAGCUGAUCUUGACCUUUAGACAGUGCCGUUAGUUCAUCUAAACUUCAAUUCAUCAAACGAAGUUUGAUGGCCAUUGAAGAAGAUAUUCAUGAAGGAUAACAACUAACAAGGUAUGAGGUUUUAGCCAAAUAUGUAGUUCUGAGCUUUCUUUCUAUUAAAUUGUCAAACCUGGCAAAAAAACGAAAAGAAUCGGCUAAUGUAUUCUGUCACUGUAUCGUAAUCAUUAAGAACAUGUUUGGUUC